GGCUGUGAGCGGGCUGCUGAGCUGCGCUGCUUUCUCUCCUCGCAAAAUGGAGCUCUGCUGUGUGCUGGGCGGCCCUGCUGGCUGGAUGUGGCACUGUGUGAGAUGACAGCAGGAUUUGCCGCGAAUGUGGGGCACUAUUGUAUCUGCCUUAUGUAACCCUGUGGAGGGAUGGCUGUGAGGUAGGCGCUGGUAGGGCCUGCUCGCCUCCGGCUUCCCGCAGCCAUGAAGGCUGUUCGAGUCCUGCAGAGGGUAUGGACCCAGGCUGUGAAGAACUGGGGGAGACCGAAGGACCAUGCCCCAGGCAUGGAAGAGCUGGUAUGGGAACAGUAUACUGUGAACCUUCAGAAGGAUUCUAAAAGAGGAUUUGGAAUUGCGGUGUCUGGAGGCCGAGACAACCCCCACUUUGAGAAUGGAGAGACCUCCAUCGUCAUCUCGGACGUGCUUCCCGGUGGUCCUGCGGAUGGAUUACUGCAGGAGAAUGACAGGGUGGUCAUGGUCAACGGGACCUCCAUGGAGGACGUACUGCACUCGUUCGCCGUGCAGCAGCUGAGGAAGAGCGGGAAGACGGCCGCCAUUGUGGUCAAGAGACCCCGGAGGGUGCCCGUGGCUCCACUGCAGGACAACCCCGUCCUGGAACGCGGUGACCGAGCUUUUGAGGCGAUGGACGACUUGGACGGCAGAAGUUUCCGCAGUGGCUACAGCGAGAGGAGCCGGCCGGACAGUCGCGACGGGCGCAGCCGGAGCUGGGAGGACAGCCCGGAGCGAGGACGCCCGCACGAGCGUGCCCGGAGCCGGGAGCGGGAGCGCAGCCGCGGCCGCAGCCUUGAGCGGGGCCUGGACGAAGACUACGGGCGUGCCCCGGAGCGCAGCCGCGGCCGCAGCCUCGAGCGGGGCCUGGACCACGACUUCCGACCCCCGCGGGACAGCAGCCGCGGUGACUACGAGCGGGCCUACCAGCAGGGCUACGGCCCGGACUAUGAGCGGGCCUCCAGCCCGUCGGGGGGCUACCGCCGCAGAGCCCAGGCCGAUGGACGGUGCGAUGGGCAGCGAAGCCGCAGCCGGGAGUAUCUGCGCUCCCGCAGCCCGAGCCCCGACCCGAGGGGGCGUCCGGAUCCAGACAAGCCCAUUGGGGUUCUCCUGAUGAAGAGCAAGUCAAGUGAAGAGUACGGCCUGCGGCUGGGGAGUCAGAUUUUCAUCAAGGAAAUGACCAGAACGGGUUUGGCAAGUAAAGAUGGCAACCUCCAUGAAGGAGACAUCAUCCUCAAGAUCAACGGGACGGUCACUGAGAACAUGUCUCUGACGGACGCCCGGAAGUUGAUUGAGAAGUCGAGAGGGAAGCUGCAGCUCGUGGUGCUGCGGGACAGCAGGCAGACCCUCAUCAACAUCCCCUCACUCAACGACAGCGAUUCGGAGAUCGAAGAUAUCUCGGAGAUAGAGUCCAACCGGUCCUUUUCUCCGGAGGAGAGACACCAGCAAUAUUCUGACUGUGAUUAUCACUCCUCCAAUGAGAGGCUGAAGGACCGUCCCAGUUCAAGAGAGGACACGCCAAGCAGACUGUCCAGGAUGGGCGCCACCCCCACACCGUUUACAUCCUCAGGGGAUGCUGCAGCUGUGGUUCUCACGGAGACCAACAAGGAAUCUAGGUACCAAGAGGAACCACCAGCUCCUCAACCGAAACCAGCCCCAAGAACAUUCCUUCGUCCUAGUCCUGAAGAUGAAGCCAUCUAUGGACCGAAUACCAAAAUGAUAAGGUUCAAGAAGGGAGACAGCGUGGGCCUCCGGCUGGCAGGUGGCAACGAUGUUGGAAUUUUUGUCGCUGGUAUUCAGGAAGGCACGUCGGCAGAGCAGGAAGGCCUGCAGGAAGGAGACCAGAUACUGAAGGUGAACACGCAGGAUUUCAGAGGGCUUGUUCGGGAGGAUGCUGUUCUCUGCUUACUGGAAAUCCCUAAAGGUGAAACGGUGACCAUCUUAGCUCAGAGCCGAGCUGACGUGUACAGAGACAUCCUGGCAUGUGGCAGAGGGGACUCGUUUUUCAUUAGAAGCCACUUUGAAUGUGACAAGGAGACUCCCCAGAGCCUGGCCUUCACCCGGGGAGAGGUCUUCAGGGUGGUGGACACGCUCUAUGAUGGCAAGCUGGGCCACUGGCUGGCCGUGCGGAUCGGGAACGAGUUGGAGAAAGGCUUGAUCCCUAACAAAAGCAGAGCCGAACAGAUGGCCAGUGUUCAGAAUGCCCAGAGAGACAAUGCUGGGGACAGGGCCGACUUCUGGAGGAUGCGUGGCCAGAGGUCCGGGGUGAAGAAGAACCUAAGAAAGAGCCGAGAAGACCUCACGGCUGCCGUGUCUGUCAGCACCAAGUUCCCGGCCUACGAGAGAGUUCUGCUGCGAGAAGCUGGUUUCAAGAGACCUGUGGUCUUGUUUGGACCCAUUGCAGAUGUAGCAAUGGAGAAGUUGGCAAAUGAGUUACCUGACUUGUUUCAAACUGCUAAAACAGAGCCAAAGGAUGCGGGAUCCGAGAAAUCCAGUGGAGUAGUGCGGUUGAAUACCGUCAGACAGAUAAUUGAGCAGGAUAAGCACGCCCUGCUCGAUGUGACUCCGAAAGCCGUGGACCUGCUCAAUUACACGCAAUGGUUCCCCAUCGUGAUAUUCUUCCACCCCGAUUCCCGGCAAGGGGUCAAAGUGAUGAGGCAGAGAUUGAGCCCCACGUCAAACAAAAGCUCUCGGAAGUUAUUUGAUCAAGCAAACAAGCUGAGGAAAUCAUGUUCGCAUCUCUUUACAGCGGUGAUCAACCUGAACUCGGCCAAUGACAGCUGGUUUGGCAGCCUGAAGGACACCAUCCAGCAGCAGCAGGGAGAGGCCGUGUGGGUCUCCGAAGGGAAGAUGGAAGGGCUGGAGGAUGACCCCGAAGAUCGCAUGUCCUACUUAACCGCCAUGGGCGCAGAUUAUCUGAGCUGCGACAGCCGCCUCAUCAGUGACUUUGAAGACACCGACGGCGAAGGAGGCGCCUACACUGACAAUGAGCUGGAUGAGCCAGCCGAGGAGCCAUCUUCUAUCACCCGCUCCUCGGAGCCGGUGCAGCAUGAGGAGAGCAUCAGGAAACCCAGCCCAGAGCCCAGGGCUCAGAUGAGGAGGGCUGCUAGCAGAGACCAACUUAGGGACAAUAGCCCGCCCCCGACAUUCAAGCCAGAGCCGCCCAAGGCCAAAAGCCAGCACAGGGAAGACUCCUACGAGUACAAGUCCAACCCGUCUGCUGUUGCUGAACAUGAGCUUCCUGGGGCGUCCACCAAAGCGUGUCCUCCCCCCAUUGCUGCAAAACCUGCCUUUGGCCGGCCGGUCCUGAAGCCCUCCACACCUGUCUCUCUCUCCGAGGGUGAAGGGGUGGGCGAGAGCAGUGAAGAACAAGACCACACCCCCAAGUCAGUCCUGGGCAAAGUCAAGAUAUUUGAGAAGAUGGACCACAAGGCAAGACUGCAGCGGCUGCAGGAGCUCCAGGAAGCACAGAAUGCCAGGAUUGAAAUCGCCCAGAAGCAUCCUGACAUCUAUGCAGUGCCCAUCAAGGCGCACAAGCCCGAGCCUGGCCCACCACAGCACGGGAGUUCCAGAACCGCAGAGCCACAGAAGGGACCCUCGAGGCUUUACCAGGAUGGCAGCGACACCGAGGAGGAGGAGAAGUACCGCCAGCAGCUGUCGGAGCAUUCCCGGCGUGGAUACUACAGUCAGCCCGCGCGCUAUCGAGACACGGAGCUGUAACUCCUGCCCUGUGCCUCCUCUGCACCCGCCUGCAGGGACAACCGCUGCGUGCUGGGUCUGGCUGUGCCGUCCAUGGCACGGUGGGUGUGCUGGGACACCAGGGGCUGGCCAGUGCACCUGCACACUGGAAGGCGUGUCUGAGGGGCUGGGGCAGACGGGCUGUCUGCCCAGACCAAGAGGCACACUGCAACCCAAUACCUGUUACUUGCUUCUGAGGACCAAAAUCUGUAUUAA